UAGAUAAAAGUGUAUGGACUAACAAAAGUGUAAAGAAAUUUUCAGCAUUUAACACAAUGUAUUUUCAUUUAAAUGGAUGUAAUUAGAUCAUGUUUUAUUGUGGUAUAUUACGGAGCUUUAUACAACGAUCCUUGACGCUAAUUAUAUUCAUCGAGUGGUUGUGUUGGCCUCGGAGCGAACCUGACUAUCUGAUCUUGCGAUUGAAUCCGUGUUUUGCGGUUACAUCGGUGUUAAGUAUUUCUCUGAUAUUUGAUUAUUCCAAAAAAUAAUGUUCAAUUAUAAUUAUAAAGACCAGCGACAAUAAAGUUGCCGAUUGAACAAUGUACAUGAAUUGACUCACGUCGGAUAUACUAUACACCGAUUGUAGUACUGUUACAAUUGGAGAUGUUUACCUUCUUGACACAUUUUUCCUGCCCGACUGGUGACGUCACGGGUGUGAUCAAGAACGGACAGACGUGCUCUGAAAUCGUGACGUCAACAAACCGUGAAUGCUACAAUACCACCACAGAGACCAACUGUUGUGCGUCAUGCAACGCUGUUGCAACUUCAAAACCAGAUUGUAAGUACGGUGACCGAACACCGGGCUGCGUUGUAUUCUUGUGCCCGAGCAUCAUAAACAUCGCCGACUGUUGUGACACAUGUAUCGAUGAUGAUACAACGACGGUAACAACAACGACAGCAACGACAACGACAACCACAUCGCAAUCCUCUACUACCUCUUCUGUUUCUUCCACUACCACCACUGGACAACUAGGCGCUCAAAAUGACACCACACAAACAGCUUCCACGUCUGAUCGAAAGCAUUCGUUGUCAGAUUCUGAAGUGGCGGGUGCUGUGAUAGGAAGCUUAGCAGGCGCAUGCGCAAUCGUUGCGACGGUGUUGCUGGUGAUUUGGUUGCAUAAGAAGAACCAGAACACGGUAUGGAAUGAAAGCAGUGACAAAAAAAAACAACAGACUGGAACUGAUAUCUUUGGUAGGAUUUUGGACAUACAGACCAAUGGUAUCACAGUGGGUACAACCACCGGACCUGCUAUGGCUACGGAUAUGGCAACAACUGUGAUCGAAACAACAACAAAAAAUGCGUCAUCAAAAUUAGAUGAAAACGAAUUAUUUCACGAGCAGGCGUCAACGCGGGGUAACGUUCAAUUAGAACCGAUACAAACCUCGGUUACAGCUCACGAAUAUGACGCGCAUGCGUAUAGUCUCGCGCCAAACCCACUUCCUCCAUUCGGUUCCCAGGCUGGUAUUUAAAGUUGGACAUACCGGACAUUGAUGAUGAUGGUGAUGAUGAUGGUGAUGAUGAUGAUGGCAGUGAUGACGAAACGGACAAUAGACUUUAUACAUAGAAAAUGAAGGAGAAAGACGAUAAUCAUAACUUUUCUAUGAAUGUCGAGAUAAUACAAAAUAAAAUAUUUAAUUAAGUAAGACAUUCAUUCAUUUGGAACAAAAAUAUGGAUACAAAAUAAGCUUACACAACACAAACUCACACUUAGGAAUACAUAGGCUGGUAUUUAAAGUUGGACAUACCGGAUAUUGAUGAUGAUGGUGAUGAUGAUGACGAUGAUGAUGGCAGUGAUGACGAAACGGACAAUAGACUUUAUACAUAGAAAAUAAAGGAGAAAGACGAUUAUCAUAACUUUUCUA